UCUCCUGGCCGGGGAGGCACUUUUUCCAUUCGCUGAUGCGCGGGUUCCAUCCCACUGUUUCCUUCUCUCUUUUCUGGAGUUAAAUUUGUCUGUAGGUGCUUGAGAUCUGCCUGUAGAUGCCUGGAGUUAAGUCUGUCUGCAGACGCCAGCCCCAAGCCCUCUGGUCUCAAACUUUUAGCUCCCGUGCAGAAGCAAAGCGGGAGGGAGCCCGGGGCGCCUGCAGAGGCACUUAGGGUGCGACCGGACUGCUGCCUCAAGUCUCCCACGCCUGCACCACUACUGAGUCCAGCCUUCAGGAGACCAAGGCCACCAGUGCCUGCAGCCAGCCCCAGGAAGCACCACACCAGCUACUGUAGCCAAUAAAAUGGUACAACCAUGCCCUGCCUCCAGGUGUCCUCAAGCCUGCACGUCUUCAUAGUCCCACCUGGAACCAUCAGUCCUUUUCCCUUCUGCCUCCUCUGCUCCACUCCGUCUCCAGCCAACCAGUCACCAUGGCAGCCCUGAUUGCAGAGAACUUUCGCUUCCUGUCCCUCUUCUUCAAGAGCAAGGAUGUGAUGAUUUUCAAUGGGCUGGUAGCACUGGGCACAGUGGGCAGCCAGGAGCUAUUCUCUGUGGUGGCCUUCCACUGUCCCUGCUCACCAGCCCGGAACUACUUGUAUGGGCUGACAGCCAUCGGAGUGCCCGCCCUGGCACUCUUCCUCAUCGGUGUCAUCCUCAACAACCACACCUGGAACCUAGUUGCCGAGUGCCAGUAUCGGAGGACCAAGAACUGCUCAGCUGCUCCCAACUUUCUCCUUCUAAGUUCCAUCCUUGGCCGUGCAGCUGUGGCCCCCGUCACCUGGUCUGUCAUCUCCCUGCUUCGAGGAGAGGCCUAUGUCUGUGCUCUCAGUGAGUUUGUGGACCCCUCCUCACUCACAGCUGAGGAAGAGGGCUUCCCACUAGCCCAUGCCACCGAGAUCCUGGCUAGGUUUCCUUGUGGGGAGGGCCCUGCCAACCUGUCAGGCUUCCGGGAGGAGGUCAGCCGCAGGCUCAAGUACGAGUCCCAGCUCUUUGGGUGGCUGCUCAUCGGCGUGGUGGCCAUCCUGGUGUUCCUGACCAAGUGCCUCAAGCAUUACUGCUCACCACUCAGCUACCGCCAGGAGGCCUACUGGGCACAGUACCGUACCAACGAAGACCAGCUGUUCCAGCGCACUGCAGAGGUGCACUCCAGGGUGCUUGCAGCCAACAACGUGCGCCGUUUCUUUGGCUUUGUGGCACUCAACAAAGAUGAUGAAGAGAUGGUCGCCAAAUUCCAAGUGCAAGGCACACAGCCACGGCCACAGUGGAACGCCAUCACUGGUGUCUAUCUGUACCGGGAGAACCAGGGUCUCCCGCUCUACAGUCGCCUGCACAAGUGGGCCCAGGGUCUAGCUGGCAAUGGCACAGCCCCCGACAAUGUGGAGAUGGCCCUGCUAGCCUCCUAAAAGCCUGCCUGACUCACUCUUUGCAAAUGGUACCACUUGGUUCCAAACCGAACCCCACUCCCCCCACUGCCUGUUCACAUCAGCACCAGAAGGGAAUUUUUUUUUAAAUCACAGAUUCCUGACCAAACAGGUCAGGGAAGAGGACACAAGGAUCCUGUGGACAAUGCAGUCUGCUCUGACAGGAGAGCUCUUAAGCCUGAAGCCUCUCCUGUUGCUAUUAGCCUACUUGGGUCAUAGCUUUGUGGAAAAGCCUCUUUUCCAGACCAUGGUUAAUUGACUCCAAUUAACCAUGACAUAGGUUUUCUUUUGACAGGUGGGACUCUGAGCUGAAGCUUCAGCCGGAAGAGCCAGGUGACAGAAAUGCACUGCAGGUUCCUUGUAUAAUACAUUGUGCAGUUAAUUUUGUAUCUAAUUGCAAAGGGACAUUGAGCUCAGUGGUGCAUGGUUGGGAAGCUGUCCUCUGUUGUAUGCCUCUGGUAUGAUUUCAUGUAUUUAAAUUUUGGAUAAAUCAUUUCUUACUAUAAA